AUGCAAUUAACUAUUUCAUUAGACUUUAGUGGGGACAUCAUCUCUGUUGAUGUUCCUGAGUCAUUAUCACUAGAUGACUUCAAAGCUUAUCUUCAAGCCGAAACUGGAAUUAGCCCCGAGGAACAAACCUUGAAGUUGAAUGGGAAUACGUUGAGGGAAAACAAGGCAUUGGCAGAGUUGGGGAUUGUCAAUGAUGAUUUGUUGAUAUUGUCAAAAGCCAGACCUGAAGGACGGAUGCCUGUCCCGUCACUGCAACAAGUUUCAGCACUGACCAAUCCUUCGAGCUCACAAAUCAAUGAACGAGUGGAAAUGGUUCGACAACAGAUUUUGUCAGAUCAGCAGGCUCUCGAAAAUAUUAGAUUAACCCAGCCUAGUCUUCACAACGUCAUUAAUAAUGCAGAGACGUUUAGAAACUUGAUGAUUGAGCAAUUUAGAGAACAGGAACGAGAUUCAUCAUCGACACAAGCAGAGCUACUUCGCUUGCAACAAGAUCCCGAUAACCCUGAAACCCAAGCGCGUAUUAUGGAGUUGAUUCAGCAAGAAGCCAUCGAGGAGAACAUGAAGUUGGCAUGGGACAUUAGUCCAGAAAGUUUUACCAGUGUCAAUAUGCUUUACCUCAAAUUGAAAAUAAAUGGUGUUGAGCAAAUUGCGUUAGUUGAUACCGGUGCCGCCAUGACAAUCAUCAGUCCUGAUAUUGCACAGGAAUGUGGCAUUUCCAGAUUGAUUGACAAAAGGUUUCAAGGUCAGGCUGUUGGUGUGGGUACUCAAAAUAUCGGCGGCAAAAUACAUAGUGUGCCGCUCGAGAUACAAGGUACCGGAGUUGAGUUACCUUGCUCAUUUUACGUUGUUGAUACUUCUGUGGGUAUCUUGUUUGGAUUGGAUAUGUUGAAAAGACAUCGCUGUGUUGUUGACUUGGCUAGAGAUGUGCUAAUAAUUGGUGGCCAAUUUGAGGCAAAGUUUUUGACUGAAUCGGAAAUACCUAGAAAGUCUCUUGGUGGUAACAUCUUUUCUCGAGAGGCAUAA